AUCAAUAAAUACAUAGCCAAUAAAACACGUGGGAAAUUUAUCAACCUGCUCAGUAAUCUGAAUCCAGAUACUGAAAUCCUUCUUAUUAAUUACAUUUACUUUAAGGCCACAUGGAAUAAAACUUUUAAUCCAAAGUACACUAAAGAGGCCAACUUCUAUGUGGAUGGAAACACAAUUGUUAAAGUCCCUAUGAUGUUCCGGAUGGGCAUGUGCAAACUAGCCUAUGAUGAGCAGCUGGCUAGUACUGUGGUGCAAAUGGAUUACAAAGAAAAUGCGAAAGCAUAUUUUAUUCUGCCUGAUCAAGGACAAAUGACAACGCUGGAGAAUGGCUUGUCAUGUGAAAGUCUGGCUAAAUGGAGAACAUUAAUGUCAGAAAGGUCAGUCAAUUUAUAUCUUCCAAGGUUCUCUAUUGAUGUAAAAAUGGACCUAAAACAAAUUCUUUAUAGAAUGGGAAUAAAAAAUGUAUUCACUAAUGAAGCUGACUUAUCUGGAAUUACUGGGCAGCCCAAGCACAAGAUUUCACAGGCUAUCCAUCAGGCCAUGGUGAAUGUGGAUGAGAAUGGCACUGAAGCUUCAGCAGCCUCUUCUCUGGAAAUAGUGCCAAUGUCUGUGCCCGCUACCGUUAUUUUCAACAACCCGUUCUUCAUGAUGUUAGUAACUGAAAGUGAGGACAUACUCUUUAUGAGCAAAAUCAUGAACCCUGUGGAAAACUAGAGUCCAAAUUGCUGUAUGCAUUAACUACGAGUAAUUUACCACGACUGUUAAAUAAAGACACGUUUUGACCUAAUCAGUGAAGUGAUGACAUUAGAGGCCACAUUUUCCCUCAUAGUGUCAUAUAUUUAGCUUCCUAACAGAUCUUUAAUUGAUUUUAAAUCACCAUCACUACAGAUUGGUUUGGGUUUACAUUUUAAAAAAAGAGAAGAAAUGGAACUCAGGUUGAACCGUCAGCAAAGGUGAAAGGAGAAUGUUCUUUGCAACACUGAAAGCAACCAUCUGUUUUCUGGCAAGCGAGGAUCAGAACAGGUGCUGAGUACUAACCUAGGCCUGCUGCACCCUCCUGUCCACAUCCUCACCGUGUAAAUUACAUUUGUUUUGCAUGCUCACUGACUGCCAGAUCUGUCCAAAUUACAUUCCUUUACCACUUACAUCUGUUUUCUCCCCAGCCAGAGGCUCAGUCUAGCAGUCAUCUAACAAAUGUAAUGCUUACUACCCUGAGUGGCCCCAGUGCUGUCAAUGAAUCUGAUAAAUGCCCUGUACCCCGUUUGUGCCACCGGGAGGUGGAGGGAGUGGUAAGGAGCAAGCACAAGAGAAAGCGUAAGAUCUUCCUGGUGAAUUGCAUUGGCACCGCUGUAUGUUUCUACACAAGCCUACAGCAUACUGACCAUUCUAGGGCAGAACAGAGGCAUAUAAGAAUUAAGACAGAAAAGGGAAAGGGAGGAGGCAUGGCCAGAGUAGAACAAUGCCCCAAAUAUUCAUCCUUUAAGUAGCCUGUGGGUGACACUGAAUCAAAUUUCAGUUUCAUUUAACUCUGUGCCAGAGCCUGAUCCAGGUUUUGGAAGCCCUCAAAUAGGAGAAAUGGCUUGUGUUUUCCUGGUGUCCUUCUGUCAGUGUUUUUACCAGGAUAGGAUGAUUCUAACCCAAUGGAACCACUCAUGGUAGUAAACAUCACUCCAGUAGUUAAUGUUUGCAGGAUCCAUCACUGACAGCCUAUCUAUAUGGAUAUGUCUACACUGCAACACUAUUUCAAAAUAACUAGUGCUAUUCUGAACUAACGUAGUCUGCGUCUACACAGCAGGCAGUUAUUUCA